AUGGAGGUACCGCCGUCGAAGGCGUCAACGUGCAAGGGACCAAAGCAUGUCCUGGCCGCAGUCCGUGCCAACGCUGUCACGUCGGUCAUCUACACUAGCUCUGCAUCGGUGGUGCUUUCAACCGCAGAGCGCAGUGUGCGCAAGCUUACGGAAGCCUCAAACCCACUAGCGUAUUUCAUCGAACAAAACGAAGACGAGCACGAAUACGGGUGGUUCAACGGUGAACACUCGGUCGGUCUGUCGCCAGGACUCACACACUGGCAUCACCCGCCACCACGGCACAGUCCGCUCUGGCUCGUCCAUGUGCUGUGCUUUGUGAACGACUCCACAAUUGCAUCACUGGAGUCGUCCUCCUUAUAA